AUGACGAAUACCAGCUUCAGCCUAGAGAAUGUUUGCUUCCUUUCCAAAGUCGCUAAAAACAACCGCAUCAACACCAACAAAAUGGCUGCCUUCUUCCCCCGCACCGUCUACAACACCGAGGCUUCCCUCACCCCCCUCUUCCGCUUCCUUGACGACUUCGACUCGUACUCGCGCCAGUGCCAGCCCGGUGCCGCCUCCGGCAGCCGCAGCAAGAAGCAGCAGCAGCAGCAGCAGCACUUUCGCAAGUCGGACAUGACGCAGUGGCAGCCCAAGUUUGAUGUUCGCGAGACGUUUGACGCCUACGAGCUCCACGGCGAGCUCCCCGGCCUCAACAAGAGCGACGUGAGCAUCGAGUUCACCGAGCCCCAGACCCUCGUCGUCCGCGGCAAGGUCGAGCGCACCUACACGGCCGGUACCUCGCCCAACGGAGAGGCUGCCGCCGCCGCCCCUGUAUCCAUUCCCGCUGUCGAGGAGUCCGCCGCGCCGUCGUCCCACAAGGCUACCGUGGCCGACGAGGACGACGCCAGCGUCCAGGAGGAGACCGGGCUCGAGGUCGUGAGCGAGGCUUCUCACACCGCGCCCACCACACCCGAGGCUGAGGCGGCCACCGUGGCCGCGCCCGUUGACCGGUCCAAGUACUGGCUCACGGAGCGCAGCGUCGGCGAGUUUGCCCGCUCCUUCAGCUUCUCCUCCCGCGUCGACCAGGACGCCGUCACCGCCGCCUUCCAGGACGGCAUUCUGAGCAUCUCUGUGCCCAAGGCCAAGAAGCACGAACCCAUCCGCAUCGCCAUCAACUAA